AUGGCCGAUUCGGGCUACAAGAGGUCUUCGCGGCGACAAGAUGGCGACCGUCCGCAGCAGUGGGAUGAUAGAGACCGCCGAAAUCGUGGUCGCGGUGGAAGAGAGCGCGAUCACGACAGAGAACGAGACAGGGAUCGAGGACAAGAUCGGGGACAGGAGCGAGACCGGGACCGGGACAGGGACAGAGACAGAGACUGGGCCAGAGACAGAGACCGGGACAGGGAGCGAAAUCGCGAUCGCGGAAACCGGAACCGAGAGCGGGACUCGGAUCGUGACCGCGACCGUGAUGGAGAUCGAAAUCGGCGCUAUCGAUCACGCUCGAGGGAUCAUCGCGACCGCCGACGGUCGAAGUCCCCGAGUCACGGAGCCACCGACGGAGUUGAUGACAGAAGCAGUGGCUUCAAGGACCGCGAUGGCGGCAGAACGAAGAAGGCCUUUGGCGGCCGCGAGACUGAGCCACCACGAGACGAGCUACUAGCAGCAUCUGCGCCAAGGCAGGGCGCUCGUGACGAGACGAGAGACAAAGAGCGUGGCGGACAUGGCCGACGUCGGUCUGCGUCGCCGCGACGCGACGCGAGCCCUCCAAACGCCAACGGCAGCAGCAGCAACAAUGCUGGCCUGCCGACGCGGACGCGACCAGCAGACAAGCGACAGGAAGUGAUAGCGACAGGGACGGCACCCAUGUCGUUUCGCGUCGGGGCAGUUCACGAUGCCGCCUACAAGGACGAAAACGACGGCGACUACGACGGCAGCCGUGACGAUCGCGGCCGAGGACGCAGCCGACGGCACAUCGACGGCAGCCCGAUGGCCGAGGGCGACGACGAUGACGACGACGACGACGACGACAACGUCCUGGUGGAGGACGACGGGACGAUGGACGCGAUGCAGGCGAUGAUGGGCUUCAGCGGCUUCAACUCGACCAAGGGAAAGAAGGUGGCGGGCAACAAUGCCGGCGGCGUGCACAAGGUCAAGAAGACCGAAUACCGACAGUACAUGAACCGCGUGGGCGGGUUCAACCGGCCGCUGAGUCCAUCGCGGUAA